ACUUCCUGUCAUAAGCAUGGCUACUCUUGUAAGAAGUUCACUGAAUAUUUUUCCACGAUUUGCACAGCGGUUAACUGCAUUUAGAGCCUAUCAGAAAGCGUCUCUGGCUUCAGCUGCUGCCACUCAAAGCAGACCCAAAGAUGAAAAAUGGAUAUUAGUAAGCGCUGUAUGCUUAGAACGAUAUCCCAAAAUAGUACCACCUAAGACUGAAUUGGAAGCCAAAUUCAAAGCUGAUCUACAGAGAAUAGAAUUAGAACGUAGUGUUUUAUGUGACCAUGAGUUGAAGCAUUUAGAUGACAUUGAAAAAAAGAAGCAGAAAGAAAAAGAGUCGGAGUCCCAUCCAGUACAAAAGGUAGAUUCUGCUGGAAUGAAAGAAGAAAAACUGACAGCAGUUGAUUUGGAGGAUGGCUGGGAUAAGGAGGCACUUAAUUUUACAGAAACCAGUAGAAAAACAGAUGCAGAUAAAGAAAAUGAUCUUCAGUCUUUGAAUAGAAAACUUGACAAGAAAUUGUUUCUUGUGGUAAAACAGAGGCUUGGAGAGUUUGAACAGUGGAUUUUGCCGCAGGGUGACCAUUUGAUGGAAGAGUCUAUGAGAGAGACUGCUGAAAGGACACUAGGACAAAUUAGUGGAGUCAACAUACAGUCCAUGUUUCUAGGAAAUGCACCCUGUGGGUUUUAUCGGCACAGAUUCUCGAAAACUUUCAGGGAAAAACUGAGUGCAGAUGGACAGAAGAUAUUUUUCUUCCGGGCCGAGCACAGUCAUGGUGACGUAGCUGUUAGUGACCAUAUAAGUGAUUAUAAGUGGUUAACAGUGGAAGAAAUGGCAGACUAUUUAAAACCAGAUUAUUAUAAAAGAUGUAAAAUGUUUAUGUCCGACUUAAUGUAAUAUAAAAUUAACUUAUCUAUGUAUUAUAAAAUUUCUAAUUCAACGUACAAGACAACGGAUGUACAUCUUGGCAUUCAUGAACACUUGUGUGGAAGUAGUGUUUAUUUACUGAAGUAAUUGACAUUUCAUGGUAUCAGUGAUGACCUUCUUGACAUCAACAAUCCUGCUUCUGUGUCGUCAUUUUAACAUGAAACAAGAAAACUGCAAGUCCUAAUGACUAAAUGUCUGGUAUUGUACAUGCUACAGUUUUGUGAUUAUGUGCUCCAUUCCUGAGGUCAUGUGAUACAGUUCUGAGGUCAUGUGACAGUUCUGUGGUCAUGUGCUCCACAUCUGUGGUCAUGUGAUACAACACUGUUGAACUGUGAUCAUGUUUAACUUCUUAGGUCUGGUUUAAGAAUAUGAAGCAUUGAACACAAAGUUAACAUAUUUUUGAUUUGUAUAUGAUUUGGUGUCAAACUUCACAUCAAAAUGUUUUGUCAAUAAAAAUACAAAUAAAACAAAAUAUCUCUUCUCUAUUCUCAUCUACAAACAAGCAAUAAUAAUCUAUUUAUCCCGAUCAUCAGAAGUGAACCAAAUCAGUAACAAGCCAAAAAUCAUUACCCCAGAACUUAUUAGUCAACCAACCAGUACUAUCAAUGGAGACGACAGCUUUAAUAUUACUGACAAAUUGUGUAUGCAAGAUUGUUGCAGGAUGGCCAAGUAGGCAAAUUUGAAAUGUCAGAUAAAACAAACAUUCUAUAUCUUAAAAGUUAUUUAUUUAUUUGUAGGAUUACCAAUCCUAAUCCUGUACAUACUGACACAUAUAUACAAAUAUAAGUCUUAAUAUAAGCCUUAAUAGAAAUUAAAAAAUAUAAAAGUAAUGAGAUUUAACUACCUGCCAUAAUUAGCUACCUUUUGACAACUAAAACAGUAUCCACAUUCAUCAAGGUCCACCUUGUAUCAUCAAUGUCUAGACAAAUGAACCCAUCUCUCAAGUGUUUACAUAUUCAUGUACACAAAAUGAAGUCAAAGAGGAAAUAAAAACAAAUUCAAGUGAAAUAUUGUCCAAAAUUUAGAAAUAACUUCAAAAAUGAGGUUUUAAAGUCUUGACAAAUGCUACCUCUUUAGAGAUAAUUUUCUUAAGAUAGUGAUGUAUCUGAUAUCAAUACAAACUCCUGUGUCUGUAUUGUAUGUCUUUAUCAACACAGGUCCCUGUGUACAUUGAUACAAACCCGUUUAUAUUGUUAUAAGCCCAUUUUCUCUACCAGAUUGUAACACAGUACUUGCAUUUUUUAUUGGAGAUCCUUGAAAUUAAUUUGACAAUAUGAAAUUCCUAUAUAUCAAGCAAGAGUCCUCAGUUAAAUGUAACAUUAUAUAUAUUAAAUGCUUCGAACAGUCUCAAUGCUCAACCUAGCUGGUUUGAUAGCACUAUAAUGAUACAAAAGAUAAUUUUUGUAUAAGCAAAUAAACCCAUACAUAAACAAAUGAUUCCAUUCACACACAAAACAUACACAAACUUAUUCAUAAACAAACCCAUUCAUACACAACUCCUUCACAAAUAUAUAAACCCAAACAAACUAAUCUUAUAUCAAACCGUUUACACAUCAGUCAUAUCCAAACACUGAAUCGCCAAAAACUUAUCAUGCGCAAGUAUUUUCAGGUUC